AUGACAUCCUUAUUCAAUAUAAAACCUACACAAAUAAAUAAUUCUUGGUGGAAUACACCACAACAAGUACUCAUAGCGAAUUCCAAUGACCCGUUAGUGAGAUAUUUCACAAAUAGCCCUCAUAUUGCUUCAAAUGAGGAAAAUUUAUUCGAGCAAUUGGAAAAACUCAAGUCAAUUCGAAAACCUUCCGGCUACACGAUAUUGCCUGAAUCACUAGCCUCACUUGACAGUGUUUUAAUGACAGUAGCUGCGUCUGAGGCAUUUCAAAUUGCUAAAUACACUGUUGCGAUACCACAAGGAAUCAGUGUCCAUAGUGUGGCCGAGGUUUUAUGGAACUACAGGUUUGCCGAUUCCAUAAUAAUCCAAAUCGAAACCACCAAAAUAGAAAUGUACAAAAUUGAAAUUGUUGAAUGCUCAAUGGCUAGAGCCAAAUUAUGCGAAAAAACAAAUUGUAUUUUCAACUUCAAAACCUCCUUCAUCGGCUGCCCAUUCAGAAUAAUCUGGUCUCACCAUCCACCAUUUGUAUACCCACAAAACAACACUAAUGGUUGGAAAGGUAUUUUCAUAGACUUCCUAGAACCUUUGGGCUAUUUGAGUCAAAGACCUAUAAUAUUCGCUCCAGACGAUGCUGAUUAUUAUUUUGAAAUUUCUACGUCGUACUCCUACAACACCGUAGUCGAAGACUUAGUGAAUGAGACUUUAUUAUUUGUUGGCAGUAUUGUAAUGGAAGUCAAUCAAAUACUUCAUGUAUCUUCGAUUUUAACUGAUGACGAUUUACUGGUACUGGCACCAAGAUUACUGACAGAUUAUUGGCAACAUUUGGCUUACGCCGUGUCCACGGCACGGAUUAUUUUCAGUUUGGGUUUGCUGCUACUCUCAUCAAUGGUGAUAAAUUUUCUUGUGCAAGGAAGUCUCCUGAGUAUUUUAACCGGCCCAAUGUACGAACCUCCACUGACAAAUAUAAAACAAUUAUUAGAUUCUAAAUGGAUUGUUAAAUCGCCGAGAGUGAUCUUGCCUUAUUUAGAAUUUAUGUCCAAAGGACAUCCAGAAAUGAAGGAAGUUCUCAAACGAACUAUACCGUUUAAUGAUAACAGCAUGAAUGUUCUGCUUGAUGCAAUAGUUAAAGAGGAGAAUUUUGCUACUUUUAUGACUUCUGGCCUUCUUCUUACAAGACCGAAUAUUAAAAAUAUUUUUGGCUAUUUUCCAUUUUACCACGCAAAUUUGGGUCUGGCUAUGAAACAAUACGAAUAUUCUUCGCCUCGCAUCUACGACUGGAUACUUCGAAUGCAGGAAACUGGAUUUCUCGAGAAAUACAAUCGCUUGCAUUUGUUUCAGUUAGCCUUAAAGCAUAACGUGGAAACUGAAGAAAGAAAGUUCAUAAUAGGUUGGACGCAAUUUUGGCCUGCAUUAUUGCUUCUGUUUUUUGGAAAUGCUAUCGCGAUUGGAGUUUUCGGUGGAGAAAUUGCCUAUUCGAAAGUUGCAAAUUGGUGUAGGAUUUAUUCUAAAGGAAAAGAAAGAAACUUUUGA